CAUCGCGUCUGCGCCGUGCAGGCGGCGGGCCCCGCAGAGUGAGAGAGGCUCUUUUGUUCGGCUGAGGGGAGGGCCGUUGGCGGGGCCUGCGGUACGCCGCUUCAGCUGGGCGUUCGACUGCGACCGCACGCCUCUUUGCUUCCCCGGGCGCGACUCCCUCGGGCCGCCCCACGCGACGCGCGAGGAGCGCAACCCCGAUUCCUCUCGAACUCUCGGGCGCUGCUGCGAGCAGCGUCACCCUCUACACCGGAAAGCUGGCGGGGACUAUGGGAAAAAAACAGAACAAGAAGAAAGUGGAAGAGGUGCUAGAAGAAGAGGAAGAGGAAUAUGUGGUGGAAAAGGUUCUUGAUCGGCGAGUUGUCAAGGGCAAAGUGGAAUAUCUUCUGAAGUGGAAGGGCUUCUCAGAUGAGGACAACACUUGGGAACCAGAAGAGAACCUGGAUUGCCCUGACCUCAUCGCUGAGUUUCUGCAGUCACAGAAAACAGCUCAUGAGACAGAUAAAUCAGAAGGAGGCAAACGCAAAGCUGAUUCUGAUUCUGAUGAUAAGGGUGAAGAAAGCAAACCAAAGAAGAAGAAAGAAGAGUCAGAAAAGCCACGAGGCUUUGCCCGGGGUUUGGAGCCUGAGCGGAUUAUUGGAGCUACUGACUCCAGUGGAGAACUCAUGUUCCUGAUGAAAUGGAAAAACUCUGAUGAGGCUGACCUGGUCCCUGCCAAGGAAGCCAAUGUCAAGUGCCCGCAGGUUGUCAUAUCCUUCUAUGAGGAAAGGCUAACGUGGCAUUCCUACCCCUCAGAGGAUGAUGACAAAAAAGACGACAAGAAUUAGCCCUCUUGAGUACCGGCCCCUGUCACCUCUGACUGCGGGUUUCAAAUGGGGAGGGAAGGAGUUCUACUUUCUUGACACCAUAGAGGUGGCUUGAGAAGAUGUCCUUUGAAGAGCCAGCAUAGUUUCUGUGCCCUGCAGCAGCCCAAGUGCUUUAAAUCGUUUUAAGCUGUAUAGUUUGCACACCCAUCCCAGUGGAGGGGAAAGGGGUAAGUGUUUCAAGGCAACCCGUUCUGCGCUUUGCUAAGAAAGCGGAGGGCCUUCCAUGAAGGACAAAACCUGCAGAACUGGGGUGUGGGAGAGCAAAGAUACUGUCGAUCUUCAAAGAGCAUCUCCACAACCCACAGCCUUCCCAAUAGUGUUAACUGCAUUUUUACAGCCUAGCAUGUGUGUAGUUUUUGGCUAUUACUGGUAUAUUCAUUGGGGGUGGGAGGGUUGGGGCAGGGAGGAAGGGAGACGGGUGGAAUCAUUUUGGUUAAAAUUUGGGGUCUGAUUGGGGAUAUGGUGAAACAGUAGAAUGAACAGCUAACUAAUCAAUUGGUUCUAUGUCAAUAUUUUGCCUUUUCAAAAAAUUACAUUGGCACCAUUAAUGAGGAUUGAGAGACUGUUAAAAAUCUGUGAAUGCUGAAAUCUGCAGCUAAGGUGCCCCCUACCUGAGCUCAUUGUGGCCCACAAAGGACAAAGCCAGUUCCCGAGUUACCAAAGCUACCCUUUGAAGAUGGAAACUGACUGCAGAGGGAAAGUUUUAUUGGAGAUUAUAUACGGGCAGACCAUUCUGCCUUUAGAGGUGCUAAUUCCUGAAAUGGAGAGAAAAGACCUUUUUCCAGUUAUGAAAUUAUAAAUAUCAGUUUGUCCAUCCAAGCCACUGGCUCAAGUACUGCAGGAGGGCCUGUAUGGGAGAUGGGAGCGGAGGGCCUGUGCUCUUAGGGUGGAAACUCUUAGAGCCUGGUUUUGUUUUCUCUUUUGUUUUGUUUUGUUUUUUCCAGCUUUGAACCCUGAAACUGCUUGUAGCAGGUUCAGUUACUGACAGCACAGAUCCAUUGAGUCAAUUCAAGGGUUGAAGGACUUCACAAGCCCUGGUCUCAGGAGAUUCACUUUCAUGUUGGGGUAGUGGUUCAUUUGAGAAUACAAACCUUCAGAUUAACUAUGUCCAAAAUACUGUCUUGAAUCAUGAGAUCCAUCAAUUUUUAGUAUUGUCUAGACCUGCAUCUAGAACUACAUUGUAAAAUCUUUAAAGCAUGUGUUAGAUGUAUGUGUGAAAAUUUUGUUUAAAUGUAAACUUCAUACCAUACUGUCAGUUUUUGUCUUAAUAAAACUAUAGAUUUAUAA